AUGGGAGUGGUUGUGAUGAGAGAAGGAAAGAGGGUGCCCGUCCGGUGGUGGUUGCUGGUGGAGCAACAGUGGCGGCCGAAGUGGGAGGAAGAAGGGAGGAAUCGGGGAUGGGGGGGUGGUGAUAGGGAGAGGAAGAGGGAGGAGAGGGAAGGUGGGGUAGCCGGUGAUGAGACAAAGAGAGAGAUUGCCCGUCCGGCGGUGGCUGCCGGCGGAGCAACAGUGGCGGAGGGGUAUCUGGUUCAGUCACGCCUCAUCGAAUACAUAAAAUCAGUACCGGCCCUCUCCUCUAAGAUCGGCAACGACUUCGACACCUUGUCCGUCAAAGAAGUUGGAGAUGGCAACCUUAACUUCGUCUUCAUCGUUCUCAAUUCCACAGGUUCUUUUGUCAUGAAGCAGGCUUUGCCUUAUAUUCGUUGCAUUGGGGAGUCAUGGCCGAUGACGAAGGAGAGAGCAUAUUUUGAAUACUUGGGGCUGAAAGAAGAGGGUCGCUUGAGCCCUGAGCAUGUUCCUGAAGUUUACCACUUUAACCGUACAAUGUCAUUGAUCGACAUGCGUUACUUGGAACCGCCACAUAUAAUAUUAAGAAAAGGGUCGAUAGCUGGAAUUCAGUACCCUUUGCUUGCAGAGCACAUGGCUAAUUUCAUGGCCAAGACACUCUUUUUCACUUCUCUCCUUUUCCGUACAACUUCCGAGCACAAAAGGGACAUUGCCGAAUAUUGUGGUAAUGUGAAGUUAUGCAGACUCACCGAGCAGGUCGUGUUCUCUGACACUUAUAAAGUUUCUCAAUAUAAUCGUUGGACUUCCCCUUAUCUCGAUCGUGAUGCUGAGGCUGUUCGGGAAGACAAUCUGCUGAAGCUUGAAGUUGCUGAGCUGAAAUCCAAGUUCUGUGAGAGGGCCCAGGCUCUAAUACAUGGAGAUCUGCACACUGGUUCUGUUAUGGUUACUCGUGAAUCAACACAAGUUAUUGAUCCAGAAUUUGCAUUUUUUGAUAUUGGAGCAUUCCUGGGAAAUUUGAUUCUGGCUUACUUUUCUCAAGAUGGACAUGCAGAUCAAGCAAAUGAUCGAAAAGCGUACAAGGAGUGGAUUCUUAAGACAAUUGAAGAUACCUGGAAUCUUUUCCAUAACAAAUUCACUGCUCUUUGGGAUCAGCACAGACAUGGUGCGGAUGAGGCAUAUCUUCAUACAUGCACCAAUGAAACGAACAUUUUUAUGGUGCACCUGCCUGCAUUCAGCAAUACAAAGUCUCUUUACACAAGAUCUACAGUGAAAAUCAUGGAAUAUGGAUAGAACCCAAAUGAGAAGAUUCACCUGUCGCAAAGUGAAUUCAUAAAAAAAUCCAAAAAAAAAAAUAUAAAGAGUAUGUUGUGCAGCAUAACGUGGCAAAAUUACUAACUUUAUAAUUGUAACUUCUUGAGCAAAUUCAUCCUCCAAAGCUUCAUUCAAUUGGUCAGAUCUCAUAACCUUAACAGCAACAUCUUGCCCUAAAUAAACCCCAUGACACCUGUGGACAAACCAUAAUGCCAAUUAAAAGUUUAGAACCAAGAAUACAUAUAGAAUGAAAUGAGAAGGGAAGGGAAUAAAUCAGAACAAAUAUUUAUACAUGAAAUGAAACCAACUUACAAAUCUCCACAGGAUCCAGAUGCUAUUCUUUCUCCAAUCUUCAACAACCUCUUGUCUAUACCCCAAUCUCCACAUUUUGCUUCUGCAGCUAAGGGUUUCUCCACAGCUGAAAGGGAAUUAAUUUGAAGAACAUGACCAUGAUCCCUAUGCCAAGGAAGAACAUGUGAUUAGAUGUCAUACAGAAAAAUAGACUCGAGAAUGAGCUAAACACACGUGUUUAGAGAGUGGUAUCCAAACAAAACAAUAAAAAUAGGCUCACCUACUAUUUUUAUUUAGUCAUUUUUACAGAUUACGACAGAUGUUGUUACCAAAUCUCAUACAUAAAGUUCAAAAAAUGAAUUUGUAAAUACAGAGUCAAGGACACAUGACGCACCUCAUUUCUUGCAACUACUUUUUCCAUAGCUUCAUACAAACCAUGUGUUUCCUGAGUACAAGAUUGCACGGUCAGCAAACCUUAUGAUGAAACA